AUGGCGGACGACACACAAGACAAGCAGCAGGUUGCUGCUCCGGCGCAAGACCAGGCUGCCGCUGGCACUGCUACCUCAGAACCGCCAAAAAAGAUCCCAAAGGGCGUCAUCCUGGGCAAGGACGGCAAGCCCUGUCGGACCUGUACCUCCUUCGCCGCCUGGGCCCAACAAACCAAGUCUUCUCUCAAAGCGCAACAACAAGCCCCUCCCAAAGACUGCCCCCCCGACGUGGAACAACUCGGCCGUAGUUCCUGGACCCUUUUGCAUUCCAUUGCCGCGACCUACCCAACCCAGCCGUCUCCCACAGAACAGGCCGACCUGCAGCGGUUUAUCAAGUUGUUCGGAAAGUUCUACCCGUGCUGGGUGUGUGCCGAGGAUUUUCAGAAGUAUGUGGAGGAAAAGGGAGUGAAGACGGGUAGCCGGGACGAGUUCGGGACUUGGCUGUGCGAGGCGCAUAAUGAGGUAAACAGGAAGUUGGUAAUGAGCAGACAGAUCUCCAAACCCGACCCACGCAAAACCCGCCAUGGCACGGCCGAGCCCUCCGGCUGGGCCGUGCCGUGCGGAGUCAAGAUCACAGAACUAACCCACAUCAGCCUCCAGAAGCCGGUCACGGUGGCCGAGUACCUGUUUACACGCCUGCACCAGAUCGGCAUCCGCUCUGUGCAUGGCCUGCCGGGAGACUUCAACCUCGUUGCGUUAGACUACAUCCCCAAGGCCGGUCUCAAAUGGGUGGGCAGUGUAAAUGAGCUGAAUGCGGCCUACGCCGCCGACGGGUACGCCCGUAUCAAGAAUAUCUCAGCCCUCGUUACAACCUUCGGCGUAGGCGAGCUCUCCGCCAUCAACGGCAUAGCCGGCGCCUUCUCCGAACACGUGCCCAUCGUCCACAUCGUGGGCUGUCCCUCAACCAUCUCCCAGCGCAACGGCAUGCUUUUGCACCACACGCUGGGUAACGGCGACUUCACAGUGUUCUACACCAUGGCCGAACAGAUCGCGUGCAACUCGGCGCGGCUGACCACGCCGGCGAAUAUUCCUGAUCAGAUUGACCAUGCCAUUAGGCAGUGUUAUAUCAGAAGCAGACCGGUUUAUUUGAUGCUACCGACAGACAUGGUUGAGAAGAAGGUUGAGGGGGCGAGGUUAGAGCAGGCGAUUGAUUUGACUGAGCCGCCGAAUGAUCCUGCGAGGGAGGAUUAUGUUGUGGAUGUGGUGCUGAGAUACCUGCAUGCUGCAAGGACCCCAGUUGUAUUGGUCGACGCCUGCGCGGUGCGUCAUCGCGUGGUAGAUGAGGUUCAGGCGCUGGUUGAGAAGGCGAAGCUACCUGUCUUCGUCACACCCAUGGGAAAGGGCGCUGUGGAUGAGGAUAGCGAUGCCUACGGCGGGGUGUAUGCGGGUACGGGGUCACAUCCUGCUGUUUCGCAACAGGUUGAGUCGAGUGAUUUGGUGCUGAGUGUGGGAGCGCUGAAAAGUGAUUUUAACACGACAGGCUUCUCGUACCGGACAAGUCAGUUGAGUAUGAUUGAGUUUCACUCGACACAUUGUACAGUGAGGUACUCAGAGUAUCCGGGGGUUAGGAUGCGGGGUGUAUUAAGGAAGGUUACCGAGAGGUUAGAUGUCGAUAAGAUGGUUUGGAAAGGCGAGGGAAAGUUGCCGCCGCGGGUGGUCAAUAAGGUUGAGGAUAAUAGGGAUCCAGGGCAGGAGAUAAAGCAGGCGUAUUUUUGGCCCAGGAUUGGUGAGUAUUUGAAGGAAAGGGAUAUUGUGGUUACGGAAACAGGGACGGCGAAUUUCGGUAUCUGGGAGACCAAGUUCCCCAGAGGUGUUACGGGCGUCAACCAGAUUCUCUGGGGAAGCAUUGGCUGGGCUGUUGGAGCCGCUCAAGGCGCAGCGCUCGCAGCACGAGAUGCUGGCUCGAAGAGGAGGACCGUUCUUUUCGUUGGCGAUGGAGCCUUCCAGCUGACUGUUCAGGAACUAUCAACUAUGAUCCGGCUGGGGCUUGACAUCACCAUCUUCCUCCUCUACAACGAAGGCUUCACUAUUGAGCGCUUCAUCCACGGCAUGGACGCUGGGUACAACGAUAUUGCGCGGUGGCAGUACGCCGACAUCCCACGCGUGUUUGGAGCCACAGAAAAGCAAGCCCGUUCUUUCGUCAUCAAGACGAAGGACGAGCUCGAACGUCUGCUGAAGGACCCUUCCUUCUGCGAUGGCAAAGGGGUCCAGCUUGUUGAGCUGUGGAUGCCGCGUGAGGAUGCGCCGCGCGCACUGAAGAUUACGACGGAGGUAGCGGCUAGGACGAAUGCGCUGGUUGAGGAGUAA